AUGCCUCGAGCAAAACCUGAGCGGUCAGCAUCUGUAGCAGUGCCGUUCCCAGCUUCAGGUCCAUCAUCCUCUCCACGAAAGCGUUCUUCGAAGGCAAAGACCACUGCGGCUGACACCCCUCCUGUUGGCCUUGAAAUUCUCCGGGCUACAAAGGAAGCAGGGAAGACACAUAAGCACACGAAGAGCACUCGCGAUGGCUAUGCAAGUUACCUCGUCCGGAUGCGGAACUGGGCAGCCAGUUAUAGCCUGUCAAAUGGACAGACAGGCGAUAUCACAUUUUCGGGGCCUCCGAAGCAGUGCUCGGGAGAGGCACUUGCACUGUUUAUCACAUUCAAGUGCCUCCACGAGAAGCGUGGCGUCUCGACAGCAGAGGGUGCACAUGCUGCUGCCAAGAAGUACUGGGAAGAAUACGAAGGCGAUCUGUACCGAGGAGAAUGGCGUUUCGACGAGCAUCGUAGCCGCUGGGUUGGAAAUCCCGCGACAUGCGCAGAAGUUCGUGACAUCCUGAAGGCAAUCAAGAACAAAGCAAACGCGGACGGCGGAGAGCGGACUCACUCGGUCGCAAUGCGAUAUGAUUAUUUGAAGGCGAUCAUCGAGUGGUCAGAGACCGAAUGUCCUCCUGCAGAAGCCAUGGUUACUCCGAGAGACGUAGUGCACCGAGCAAAGGUCACAAUGCACCUGUUCUUUCGUGCUUUUGCUUCGACGGGGUGGACCAUCUGGACACGCAACUUCGAGACCGCCGGAUUGAAGCGUAAACAUUACCGGCCAGGGCAUACGAGCCCGGCACCGCUCUGUCAGCCGUUCUUCAAGAUUGAAGUGACUGACCGGAAAGGUUGGCAGCGCAAGCUGGACAAGAAUGGCGAGCUAGAAACCGAGUUAGAAGGCAAUACCUUUCAUAUCUACAAUCAGCCUCACCUCUCAGCGGCGAAUAUGUUCCAUCACCUACCUCUGUGGCUUAAUUAUCUGGAGCGCUUUCACUAUUUCCGCCCGCUGUGCGACGAAGAGUAUUUGUUCCCCGUCAUCGGUCCGAACGGGAUCAUUCAACCGCAUCUCCCGGUCUCUCACGACACAGUCCAGAGGCUCUUGGAUCAAUUCACAUCAGCUGCCGGGAUCGCACAGAAGGUAAACGGAAACUUCACGACUCACACGUUCCGGCGCGGGGGAGCGCAGUUCCGCUUCAUGCUCGCUCCUGCUGAGGAGAGAUGGACGCUAGCACGUGUUCGAUGGUGGGGAGGAUGGGCAAAGGGCGAACAUCGUGACACACUCAUUCGGUAUCUACUGGAUGAGUUGUACAUGUACGAAGAAUCCCAUAUCGACGCUCUCCAGCCAACAGCAACAGUCACUGACCGGAGGAAUGACACUGAAAAGGCAGUGAAGGUGGAGGCAGCAGAUGUCGAGGACCUGUUCCGGAACAGCCUGUUGUCCAUCCAACAAGACAUAACAUCGAUGGUUGCGACAGCACUCGCAUGGGCUGUUCCACCUCAGGCGAUGCAGGCGAUGUCGCAAGACUCGGAUCUGAUUGGUCACGUCCAUCCUUCUCUAUCAUACCCGGGUGACCGCGCACCCCCUCAGGCUCAGGCUCCCGCACCAUGGCCAAUUACGACCCAAGUGUCACAUGCAUCAAGUCCAGAUCCGGCAGCAGCAUCAGUCUCGCGGCUCACGGUCCCACCUUUGCCAAUACAGAACAUCGCACUGGCACAAGGGCCCUACUGGCAGACUCCGAACCUCGCCUCUCUGAGAGACUCGCCACUGCAUCCACCGCAUCACCUACUGCCUAGUAACUCGGAACCAUCAAUUCCCACUGGCAUCCGGCAGACUCGUCUCAGCCCCGCAUCGUAUCCUCUUGCUCCCAGCUCUGAGUCAUCGGGCUCAUCAGUCACUCCCUUGCUGCAUACUAGGUCACACUCGCUCCCUGUACUCGGUGACGGAGUGGGUAUCCAGCCGCUCGCACCGAGUCUGCCGCCACCUGAUGCACGUGUGCUCAAUAUCCCCAUAUUGCGUGAUGGGAAGAGAGACAAGGCGAAUGCGUGGCGAGAUGUAAUCGAGCUCUGGGAUGUUGGAAUUCCAUCCAUCAAGGUCAUGCCGCUGCGAGAAUGGCCGAGAGAAUGGCUUACGGGCGAGAACAAGACACGGUAUGCAGCAAAGUACCAGCAGCGAAAGGUCAUAGCGGAAGAGUUUAUUCAGCGGUUCGCCCGCAAUGAUCAUGCCUUCUUACAUGCAUACCCCGAAGCUGAGAAGGGGGUCACCGUGCUACUGAAAACAAUAAAUGAAGCGCGACGAAUGCGUGGUGAUCGCGUCGAGCGCAAGAGCAAGAACGGUGACCCCGAUGAGCGCCGCCGCCGUGCAGCGACUGUGGAUUAA